AUGGUCAAAUUAAGCCCGAGGUUUAUUGGUCCUUUUGAGGUGUUGGACAGAGUUGUCGAAGUUUCUUAUAGACUCACUUUACCUCAUCUUUCAGGAGUUCAUAUGGUGUUUUAUGUUUCAAUGCUUCAGAAAUACAAUGAAGAUAAGUCACAUGUUUUGGACUACAACACAGUGUUGUUGGAUGAGAAUCUGGCUUAUGAAGAAGAAUCGAUGGCCAUUUUGGAUAGGCAGGUUCGGAAGCUCAGGGAAAUAUCAGUGGAUCCACCUGCGGAUCAGGUACAAGAUCAGUUUAUUAAUGAUCAUGUUGAGACCCCACUUCCCCCUCAACACUUAGAGGGUUUUGUUGCUGCACCGGUAUUCCAAGAGGCCAUCGCAGAGAAGAUCAAUUUUACUGACGCUUUGACUCAGGUUGGAGUGGUUCCAAUGGCCCCAACCAUAUCUCAGGCUAGAGUAGGAGUUCAGACCUCUACUACCCGCACUCCGAAGUAG